UUCUCUUUAGCCUUUAUUCUUUGGCCUUAAUGAACAUGAUAGUGGAACCACAUCAGGUAUACAUAUUAAGUGUCAUAUCAUUUUUCACCCAUGGCCUGUUAUUUAAAUCACCUUUUUGUUUUCAUUUUCAGGUGUUAAGCUGUUGCAGAAGCAAGAAAGGACAAAAUGACACAAUUGUUUUUUAUGCAUUUGUAGGACAGCUCAUGUUUACCCAAUGGCCUUUUUGAUAAAUGCACUUUUUACAGAAGAAAUUACCUGCAAAGACAUGAAAAACUAUUUAUACACAAGAUUUAUUUAUGAAUGACUGCUAUGCUGAUAUUAGGACCUGGAACAAAAACAUUAACGCUGCUGUCUGACACACACAACUUGGAUUUAUGGAGAAACACUAUGGAUCAGAAUUCCUUCCAGAGGGGUAAAGAACAACAGGAGAAGAAGAUUAAAGUGCAGUGACGGAGGGGGCGGUGAGUUGAGGAUUCUGGCAAAGUCUCACUUCAGCGGUGUUUCUAAGGAAACAGCAGGGCAACACACGUUUACAAAUCCGCUCCAAUGAAUUUACUGGCUCGAAUCCGCAUGGAGAAGAGGAAACAGUACAGCGAGGCAAACAAGGGGAAAAAGAUAUUAAGGGAACACAAGCAAACCAAAAGACGAUCACGUGAACCUGCGAGAUCUUGGUAUAGAAGUGAAGAGUCCUGUUACCAUGGAUACAGCUGGACAUGGAUGUUAUUAAGCAUGUGGCAAAGUCUCUGAUGAAGCUCCCAAGUUCAACCAUCCAGUCAGAAUGCAACCUGAGUAACAGAUCAGAGAGUAAGAGAGUACAGGGAGGAGCUUUCAGCUAGAAUCGCCUGGCUGUGACGCUCACCCACCCCAGCAUGUAAUACUCUCAGAGGCUUGGUCAGAAACACUUCACGCUGAGCUAAGAGCUAAGGACCAUGACUUGUGACGAAGUGGAACGUGUAUGGCGAGAGCGACUGCAGCGUUGUCAGAGGCAGCUGAAGGCCAAAGAGGAUGAGAUGGGUCGACAGUCCCACUACUUUGAUAACCUGAAACACCAACUCCACCACAAGCUUAGCCUGGCAAGGGACAGAGAGGAAAGCCUGCAGAGGCGCAUUUGCACUUUAGAGAAGCAGCUACUGGACAUGACAGUGAGUGCGGCCACUGAUGUCACAGCAUUGAGCGCGGUCCGAAUUGCGCCCAACGAAAGUCACUUGCAGGAGCCAGGUGCUAGAGAAGAGUGUGAAGGAGAAGAAGAGAAAAAUGAAUGCAGAAGGAGGCAAUGGCAUUCAAACAAUGGAGGAGAACGAAAUGGAAGGCAGGAAGAGGACGAGGGAACAACUGAAAAUAAAAGGAGUACAGACAACAAACAGAACUCAAAUGAGGUCAGGUUGCAAAGUUUCAUCGUGACCCUGCAGGAGGAUCUCAGGGUGCUGCUGGAGAGAGAGGAAAGUGGCAUGACAGAACAUAGGAGGCUGAUAGAGCAGCUCCAGGAAGCAGAGGAGAACAGCCUUCUCCUGUGCUGCAAGGUGGAGGAGAUGAAGGUCGAGGUACAACAGCUGAAUUUGUCUGAAAGUGUCCUGACUAAGGAGGUGGAAGACCUCAGAGUGGAAAACCACAGACUCAAACAUGACCUGAAGGAUUCCGCUCAACAAACUCCCAGCCAGUCAUCUGCAAUCUCUUCUGAUGUUUGCUCUGCUGCGUCUGACGCUAGUACAAUUGUACAUUGUGUCGAGGGAAGCUCUGAAAAGGUAUUGGGCUUGCAUGAUGCAGUUUCAGUUACCCAACACCAGGCUGCAGCAGCGACCUCCAAAAGUGCCACCAAAGCUCCUGCGAUUACUGCCAAACAUGGGCCUCUGUAUACAGCUGAAAACCACGCUCCAAGCAUUUUCCCUCACCCGAGCCUCCAAACCUUCAACUUGGCUUCAGAGACCAUCGGAGAGUGGGGCUCUCCUGGGGGCUUCAAUGUGGAGGCCACCCACAGCGAAGAAUCUGAAGCCUUGCGGGAGGCAUACAGGAGCUUAGGUUUAGGCGAGGACCUUGAGGGUCUCAGAGAGCAAUGUGAACACCUGGAGGUCGCCCUUCAGCAAUCAAAGCAGCAGCUGCAGUUAAUGGCUCAGGAGAACGCACAACUGAAACUACAACUCAGAAACCAAAGAGAGGAGAAGCAAAAGUUUGGCGCAACUUUAACCAGUGCUGAGGUUGAAGCUUGCCAAUCUCCUGGUCAAGAUGAUGUCGGCGACCACAACGGCCUUCUCCAUGCCCUCAAUCAGGAAAACCGAGCCUUGGCUCUCCGCAUUGAGGAGCUGCUGGCUCACAUUGAGCUCAAUCAGGACGAAAUGGAGAGAGAGCAAUCUCAACUGAGGGCAAGUAUUUUGCGUCUGCAGGAAGACAAAGCCAAGCUGGAGCAGGAGAAGCAAGAACACGGCUGUCUUAUCAAUGAACUCACCAGAAAGACGGAGGAUGAUCUCAAUACAAUCAUGGAGCUGCAGCAAAAGUUAGAAGAGCGUGUGGAUUGUUGUAAACAAAACCACGUGGGAAGGUUUCCAGAAAACCACCCAGAAGAGAGCGUGGCAAUAGAGCAAGACGGAGCACAAAGUCAUCUCCUGGUGAAGUCACUUAGUGAUCAAGUGAAGCAGCUCAACAAGUCUAUCCAGAGCCUGAAAGCUGAGCAAGGGCAGCUACGUGGUUGUGUGGUAACUCUUAGAAAGGAACACAGGGAAAUCUCUCUGUCAGUCCAAACACAGACUCAGGAGAAACAGCACUUAACUCGGACAAUAUGGGCACUCAAAGGGGAGAAGGACGGGAUAGCUGGAUCUCUGGAUGGUCUUAAGCAGGAGCGAGACCAAAUAAUCAGGGUGCUCAGCGGGCUGAAGGAUGUGCAAGUUCGUCUUUCAAAGUCUGUGAGAGAGUUGGAGGAAAAGAAAGCAAACCUCGCCGAGUCUUGUUUGGUCCUUGAAAAAGAAGAAGAAAAACUGUUCAAGUCGCUGUCAGGUGGAAAAGAGGAGCUCAAACAAAUUGCACAGACAGCGCAACAUUUGGAGCGAGAGGCCCAAUUAAGUCAGACAGCAGACAAACCAAGAGAUUGUCUUCAAGAGUCAACAGAUAAGUAUCAACCUCGCCAACAUUUACAAGGGGACUAUGACAGUCUGCUAAAGUCAAUUAGCAGUUUGAAGAACGAAAAAGUAAAAACUGAACAUUCAGUCCGAUGUUUGAAACAAGAGGAAGCGCAGAUAAUAAAAUUACUUCAGUCUCAUAGAGAACAAAUGAGUGGCCAACAAACUGAUCCUCACAGUCAGACGCAAUACAACAAGAUGGAGACUGAAAUAGAAAACAAACAAAAUGUUGGAACCACUAUACAGGAAUCAAGUGAGCUGGUGAGAGUUAUUGAAGUUGUCAGAGAAGAACUAAAAAGGUCACAGCAAGAACUGGACAAAAGACAUGCAGAGAACACGGCGCUACAAAUGCAGUUGAGUCAGUCGGAAGCCAGAAAGCAAAUUGCUGAGAAGCAAGCAUCCCUAGCAGGUGAUGAGGUUAAGAGGCUGACAGAUCUCAUCAACCAAACAGAUACAAUCUGUAAGAAAAAUGGAUACCUUACCACGCAGGUCAACGAGUUGCAAAGCAAAAUCUCUGUCCUCGUCAAGGAAAAGACUGCCACUAUGUCACUGAAGUCACAAAUUGAAGACCAAUACAACAUGCUCACAGCUCAGCUUAAAGCCAAGACGGUGGCGCUAGAGGAGCUGAACUCUGAGUAUAUUACUCUGAAAAAAGAGCGGGACAACAACGAUGACCUCAGCGCUCUCAUGUCUCUCCGCGCACGUUACAAUGACGUCAAAGCCAAGUAUGACGCACUGCAGAAAACAAGGAGCCAGUUCGAUGUGGAUCUAGUAGUUCCCUUAAAGGCCAAACUUUCCUGCCUGGUGCUAAAAUGUCAAGAGAGAAACAACUUAUUGGCACAGAUGAUGAGAGCCUUGCACAGGCACAACGUUGUGGAUUCCACGCUGACACAGCGGGCUGAUGAGCUGCUCAGAGACACGGUACUACUCGAGUACUCUGCUGCAUUCGCGCCUGGAAGCUUUGCAAAGGACCAGGAAUGUGGGCUCACGCCGGGAUUUGUUCCCAAAUUCCACAACUACAUAAAUGGACACACUCGGACCGAAUGCAGAGAAGUGAAAGAAACAAAACACCCUUCUUUGGAGGAGUCGACGACAAACGUUCCCGAUUGCAGUCGCGAUGUCCUGUGUAUGCCAAUUGUGCAAAGGAAGCGAAAUGCCAACUCACUUGUGCCAAGUACGCAAGCGGACCACCAGAUGCCACCAUCAGCUGAACCUCAGAAUGCCGAACAAACCUUUCUUUCCCCCUCUGCCACUGGACACGAAAAAAGACACGACUCAACACCUCCACUCUUUUUCGGUGUGAGCAGGAGGCUGAGCAGUCCUGAGAAGAUCAUCAACCUCCAAGAGCAGCUUCAACAGACUCUGCUGAGUAGCUGUAUGGCUGUGGUGGGUGGAGGAAGAGAAGACCAUUCCAGAAGAAUGUCAUUCUCAGCUCCUGCAUCCCCAAACCCAUCUUCUCAGAAAAAGUCGCAAAGGCUCUGUGUCCUUGCUCUAUCUAGUGGUCCACUCCCUCUCUGCUCUCCAACAAGCAUGGCCAAGCACCUUCCACCAGUGACAACCUCAGCAGUUACAAAAACUCAGCCAACAAAACUUUUCAAUGCAGUCACCGCGAGAUGUGCUGCUAAUGUGUCAUUCGCACCUCAUUUGUUAGCGAACCGUCAUUUUAAAGGAGCUAUGUCAUCCCCAAGCUCUGUUACCAAGUCAUUGGUUAGCACUGCUGCCUCAAGCAAAACAAACUCGACCUCAAGCAGUGACUCCAAUGUACCAGCGUCCUUAAAACCGAAAAGCCAAUUUUUUCCUGACGUGGCUGAUGCUGAACAUUCAGCUUCCUCUCCUUUGAUGGCCUCUAAAACUCCUGACUCCGGUGUCUUUGUGUGUUCUGACACAAAUCUCCAAAUCACUGCCUCAGACACAAGUGCCCCGAGUAAAGCGACUGUCCACAAAGCUGAUGUUUUCAGCGAGGUAAUAAAACCUAAUGGUGCUGAUCCUCCUGCGUGCGACGGCCUGGAAUUCACUACAUUCAAUUUACGUUUUUCACAACAAUCUCCCGAGGGAUCGUCAAAUAAGUUCCACGUUGAUCCAGAGCAGAUGAGACCUUCAAGGCCCAAGCCAGGCGCCCCAGCAGAGGUGUGCUCUGUGGAGGUCCUCAAACAAGUGGGUCACAGCAGCCUCCUGAUUGGCUGGGAAAGGCCUCCUCUAGAUGAGCUUGGCUGCAGUCAUGGCACCUUUGUGUAUGGUUACAGGGUGUUUGUGGAUGGGGAAUUCUACAAGUCUGUGAUGAGCUCAGCAUGCACCAAGUGUGUCCUGGAAAACGUGGAACUGACUUACCCACAUGAGAUCGGCAUCCAAACACUGGGCUCCAAUGGGCUGAGAUCAAACAGCGUACACACUGUGUAUAUGCCAUCAGCUUUUGCAGCCCCCUAGCAGCAUCCUCGCAUCACAAGGAUGAUUGUCAUCACGAGUGGACCAACUAAGGUCAACUCAUCGCCAAGAAACAUGCUCUUGACCAUCCGUUGAGGAUUUUGGGGACUUGUGCUAAACACUGGACCUUUAGGAUUCCCGACAUGGUUUGCAUAAAUGCAGGUGACAGAUGUCAGAAUAUCGUCUUUUUGCACAGCAGUGCCACUUACUGGAUUUAUCAUAUUUUACAGCCAAUUAGUUAAAUCCUUAGAAAAUGGAUCCGCCCUUGUAAAUUCUAAACGUGAUCAGCUACUGGGAGAUGUUGGUGUCUCCCGCGCAUGUUUACACUGUGGUCAACACAUCGUGUGUCUUAGUAAUUCACAGAAGAGCUCUGCUGCUGCUGCCGCCUCUGGAUACUGUGACGCUCAUGACGCAUUUUUUUGUUUUCACCCCUAAGAAAGCAACACAAUGCAUCAUAUGCUGCCGACAAGCUUCGACCAGAGGCUCUUACUUUCAUUUUUACCAAACAAGCCAAAUAUGAGCUAGGAGGACAUUGACUACAAAGACUGUGUUCUGGUGGAUAUGAAACAGAAUCUAUUUGAGUUUUUCAGCAUUUUGCACACAAUCCAGUAGAAAAGAUUAAUCACGUUCUUUGUUUCCUGAAAUUGACUUAACAUGUUUUUAAUAUUUCUAUACGGGUGUAGAGUAACAAUGGUGCAACAAAUGUAUUUUUCUAUAAGUGAAUGAUAAUAUUGAUUAGCCAUUGACACCUCACAGCUGUACA